GACAACAACGGUCAAAUAAGCAGCAGUACCCUGAAGCUAUGGCAGACGAUUGGGACGAAUUACUAGAUGAGGUUGAACCAAAGUUCUGUCGCAAUGUUUCGUUGACGCCACAACUUCAAGGGAAUACAGGACAGCUUCCUAAAACGACAAAGACGAAGUCAUUGCCACAGGCAACAGGCAAGUCGUGUGACCAGCUGAAAUGUAUCUCCUGUGACUUUCGGGUGGCCAUGUUUGACGAUCAUGAAUGGGACCCCUCUUGUGAUGACCUAUUCUUCAGGAGCAACAUGCGAGACUGUCAGAAGCUGCGGGCCAAGCUGAGGAGAAGAAAAGGGGCGCAGGCGCACGCCUACCAGUGUAGCUGGCACUCUGCUCGAGACCUCACCGACCUGAGAGAACAGCACCAGCUCAAGUGGGUCUGGGGGAAGCAUGACAUGUGACAGCCUUCUUUCAAUCACACACACACACACACCACUUUGCAGUUACUUGAAAACCAAUGUCCUCUUGUUAUAGACAGCCCAACACAUAUUUUUCUGCCUUGAGAAUGAUAUAGGUCUUUCUCUGCAUUACAUUUAGUGUGUUCUGGGUUUAAAGGUAAAUGAACAAAGUAGGUCUUCUGCUAUCUUUAGAGAUGUGAUUUUAGCUAGCUCAGUUUUAAGAGCAGGUAUAUGCCAGACCAUAUGUGUGUGAAAACGGUACUUAUGAAAGAUGAGGCUAAAUUGAAUGAGUCUUAUGUAAAAAAAUAAAUAAAAUAAAGUAUGUUACAUG